AUGAGUGAUACUAUAAUCUUCAAUUAUAGUGAAGCACAAGAUCGUUAUGAUCAAUUCAAGAAAUUUUAUAAUAGAAAACAAUUACCUCAACAAUUGUUUCAAUUUGAUACUACUAAAACAAUAAAUGAAAAUUUAAGACAAUUAGCAUUGGUUUCAUUAGAACCAACCAUUACAUCUGCAUAUUUAUAUUCAUUUGAUCAAAUCUUUUUAGAUUUAGUAUCAAGAUGGAUUUCUGAUGAAUCUAUUGAAAUUGAAUAUAAUCAAUUAAAUAAACAAAGUAAUAUCAUCAAUGGGACUGUGAUCCUUAGUUCAUUAGCUAAAAUCAUUUCAUUAUCUCCAAAUAUCACUUCAUUAGUGGAAUAUUAUCUUGAAAAUUUAAAUAUUUUCCAAAAUUUAGAAACCAAUCAAUCCAAAAUUUCAAAUUUAGAAUUACAACAAAUCCUUUUAGCAUUCCAUAGAUUAUUAUAUCAUGAUCAACAAAGAUUUAUAAGGUUUAUUAGUCCUCAUACUUUAACAAAUAUCUUGAAGUUUACUGAAGAUGAAGUUGUUAAAUUUUUAAUCAUUCAAAUCUUAUCAAAAUAUUUAAAUUUAACUGAAAAGGCUAAAAAUGAUCUGUUAAAUAAUCAUAUUACAAAACCAAUCAUUGGUUCUUAUGAAUCGGAUAAAAAUAUUGAUUAUCAAUUCUUAUCAGUUCUUGAAGCUCAAAGAUUAGCAAAUCAUCAUAAUAUUCAAUCCCAAUCAUCAUCAUCAAACAGUGAACCUUCAAACUCAGAUAUCUUUAUUAAUAUUGAAAAUACUUCUAUAAGUUCAUUAGUUGUUUCAGUUUGUGGUGUCUUAGUCUCAAAAAUCCAUUUAGAUAUCACUACAAAAACUCAAUCUUCAUUAGUCCCAACAGAAAGAUCAAUUGAUACUUUACGUAAAUUAGCAUUAAACGUUCAAAGUUCAUCUCCUGUAAUGCUUGUUGGUAAUGCAGGUUCUGGUAAGACUUUCCUUAUAAAUGAAUUAAGUAAAUAUUUAUCUUGUGAUAAAACAAUAGUUAAAAUUCAUCUUGGUGAACAAACUGAUGCAAAAUUAUUAUUAGGUACUUAUACUUCGGGUCAAAAACCUGGUACUUUUGAAUGGAGAUCAGGGGUUUUAACAACUGCUGUUAAAGAAGGUCGUUGGGUUUUAAUUGAAGAUAUAGAUAAAGCUCCAACUGAAGUUUUAUCAAUCUUGUUAAGUUUAUUGGAGAAAAGAGAAUUAACAAUUCCUUCAAGAGGUGAAGUUAUUAAAGCUGCUAAUGGAUUCCAAUUAAUUUCAACAAUAAGAACUACAAAUAAUUAUAAACAUAAUAAAUCAUCCACCAUACCAGAAAUUAUUGGUCUUAGACUUUGGAAUGUUUUACAAUUAAAUGAUCAAUCUGAUGAUGAAUUAUUACAAAUUUUAACUUCAAAAUUCCCAAUUUUAUCUAAAUUAAUUCCAAAUUUUAUUAAACUAUAUGAAUCAAUUCAAUUAGCUUAUAAUGGGAAACAAUUUUUAUCUUUAAAUAGAGGUUCACAACCAAGAAUCAUUUCAUUAAGAGAUUUAAUGAAAUUUUGUCAAAGAGUUGAUGUUUUAUUCCAAAAUCAUGGUGUUAAUUCUUCAUCUCAAUUAUUAGAAUCUUCAGUCCUAGAUAAUAUCUUUGCAGAAGCUGUUGAUUGUUUUGCUGGUGCAAUUAGUGAAUAUUCAGCUUUAGAAGUCUUGAUUAAUACCAUUGGUGAAGCUUUACAAAUUUCAUCUUCAAGAAUUAAUUUAUUUAUUUCUAAACAUGUUCCAUUAUAUGAAGAUUUUCCUGAAAAAUUAAUUAUUGGUAGAGCUCAUUUAUCAAAAGCUCCAAGUUCUUUAUAUAAAAAGAAAAACACGGGUAAUAAUACAUCAUUUGCAAGAACAAAUCAUUCUUUAAAAUUAAUGGAACAAAUUGGUGUUUCUGUUCAAAUGACUGAACCUGUCUUGUUAGUUGGUGAAACUGGUACUGGUAAAACUACAGUGGUUCAACAAGUUGCAAAACAAUUAAAUAAAGAAUUAACUGUCAUUAAUGUCUCUCAACAAACCGAGGCUGGUGAUUUAUUAGGUGGUUAUAAACCUGUAAAUACUAAAUCAGUUGCUGUACCAAUUCAAGAAGAAUUUGAAAAUUUAUUCCAUUUAACAUUUUCAAUGAAGAAGAAUGAAAAAUUUCAUAAAAUGUUAACUAAAUGUUUUAAUAAAAAUCAAUGGAAAAAUGUUAUUCGUUUAUGGCAAGAAGCUAUAAAAUUAUCUGAAAAAGUUUUGAAUACCCCAGAUGAAGAUUUCAAUGAUGAAGCUCCAAAAAAGAAAAGAAGACUUAAUACUCAUGAUAAAAAAUUAUUAAUUGAAAAAUGGAAUGAAUUUACUCAAAAUGUUAAAAAUUUUGAAGUUCAAUCAUCAUCAUUAGAAAAUUCAUUUGUUUUCAAUUUUGUGGAAGGUUCAUUAGUUAAAGCUGUUAGAAAUGGUGAUUGGUUAUUAUUAGAUGAAAUUAAUUUAGCAUCACCAGAUACAUUAGAAAGUAUAUCUGAUUUAUUAUCUGAUACUUCAGGUCGAAGAAGUAUUUUAUUAUCAGAAAAGGGUGAAGUUGAAUCAAUUCAAGCUCAUAAAGAUUUUAGAAUCUUUGCAUGUAUGAAUCCUGCUACUGAUGUUGGUAAACGUGAUUUACCUUUAAGUAUUAGAUCAAGAUUUACUGAAGUUUAUGUUCAUUCUCCAGAUGGUGAUAUUUCUGAUUUAUUAUCAAUUAUUGAUAAAUAUUUAUCACGUUUUGCUCUUAAUGAUGAAUGGAUUGGUAAUGAUGUUGCACAAUUAUAUCUUGAAGCUAAAAAAUUGGCAGAUUCAAAUCAAAUUGUUGAUGGUGCUAAUCAAAAACCUCAUUUUAGUAUUCGUACUUUAACAAGAACUUUAUUAUAUGUUGUUGAUAUUGUUUCAAUUUAUGGAUUACGUCGUUCUUUAUAUGAAGGGUUUUGUAUGUCAUUUUUAACUUUAUUAGAUUUAAAAUCUGAAGAAAUUUUAAAACCUUUAAUUGAAAAAUAUACUAUUCAUAGAUUGAAAAAUGCUAAAUCUGUUAUUAGUCAAAUUCCACCUGCUCCAUCUUCUGAAUCUGGUUCAUUUGUUCAAUUUAGACAUUAUUGGAUGCGUCAAGGUCCUUCAGAAAUUAUUGAUCAACCUCAUUAUAUCAUAACUCCAUUUGUGGAAAAAAAUAUGAUGAAUUUAGUUAGGGCUACUUCAGGUAGAAAAUUCCCAAUUUUAGUUCAAGGUCCAACUUCAAGUGGUAAAACAAGUAUGAUUAAAUACUUAGCUGAUAUAACAGGUCAUAAAUUUGUUCGUAUUAAUAAUCAUGAACAUACAGAUCUUCAAGAAUAUUUAGGUACAUAUAUUUCAGAUGAUACUGGUAGAUUAUCUUUUAAAGAAGGUGUUUUAGUGGAAGCUUUAAGAAAUGGUCAUUGGUUAGUUCUUGAUGAAUUGAAUCUUGCACCAACUGAUGUUUUAGAAGCUUUAAAUCGUUUACUUGAUGAUAAUAGAGAAUUAUUUAUACCUGAAACUCAAGAAGUUGUUAGACCACAUCCAGAUUUUAUGCUUUUCGCUACACAAAAUCCUCCAGGUUUAUAUGGUGGUCGUAAAGUUUUAUCAAGAGCUUUCCGUAAUAGAUUUUUAGAAUUACAUUUUGAUGAUAUUCCACAAGAUGAAUUAGAAGUUAUUUUACGUGAUAGAUGCCAAAUUGCUCCAUCUUAUGCUAAAAAAAUUGUGGAAGUUUAUCGUCAAUUAUCUGUUCAACGUCAAUCUUCACGUUUAUUUGAACAAAAGAAUAGUUUUGCUACAUUACGUGAUUUGUUUAGAUGGGCUUUAAGAGAAGCUGUUGGAUAUGAACAAUUAGCUGCAAAUGGUUAUAUGUUACUUGCUGAAAGAGUUAGAAAACCUGAAGAAAAGAAAGUUGUUCAAGAAGUUUUGGAAAAAGUUAUGAGAGUUAAAUUAGAUAUGAAUGCCUAUUAUAAUUCACUUGAAAAUCAAGAUUUAAUGAAUACCCCAUCUCAAGUUGUUUGGACAAAGGCAAUUCGUCGUUUAUCUGUCUUGAUUUCAACCGCGUUACAAAAUAAUGAACCAAUUUUAUUAGUUGGUGAAACUGGUUGUGGUAAAACAACAGUUUGUCAAUUAUUAGCACAAUUCAACAAUAAGAAACUUAUAACUGUGAAUGCUCAUCAAAAUACUGAAACUGGUGAUUUACUUGGUGCUCAAAGACCAGUACGUAAUAAAUCAGAACUUCAAGAAAAUUUGACCAAGAAAGUCAUUGAAGCUUUACAAUCAAUUGGUGUUACCCCAGGAGGUGAUGAUUUGAGAGAAUUACUUCAAUUUUAUGAUAAUCAAGAUCUAACUGAAUUGAAUGAAGAUAUAAGGAAAGAUAUCCAGCAUGAUAGAAGUAAUCUUAAUGUCCUUUUCGAAUGGUCUGAUGGUCCAUUGAUCCAAGCUUUAAAUAGUGGAAGUUAUUUCUUAUUAGAUGAAAUUUCAUUAGCUGAUGAUUCUGUUUUAGAAAGAUUGAAUAGUGUUUUAGAACCUGAAAGAACUUUAUUAUUAGCUGAAAAGGGUACUGAAGAUAGUUCCAUCACAGCUAAAGAUGGAUUCCAAUUUCUUGCUACUAUGAACCCGGGUGGUGAUUAUGGUAAAAAAGAAUUAUCUCCAGCAUUAAGAAAUCGUUUCACUGAAAUUUGGGUACCAUCAAUGGAAGAUUUUGGUGAUGUUAAAACUAUUGUGGAAGAAAAACUUGAUGAAAAUGUCAAAUAUUUAGCUGAUGGUAUUGUCAAAUUUUCUGAACGUUUCGGAAUGAAGCUUGGUGGCGGGAACAUAACAAGUGGUGUUAUUUCGUUACGUGAUAUUCUUGCUUGGGUUGAAUUUAUCAAUAGCACCCAAAAUACUGGAAUUCCUAUCAACUCAUGUCUGUUGAAUGGUGCUUCAUUAGUUUUCAUUGAUGCAUUAGGUACCAAUAACACUGCUUAUUUGGCUGAAUCUGAAGAAAAAUUGUUACAAAUGAAAUUGGAUUGUGUCAAAGAACUUUGUGAAAUAGCUGGUGACGAUUUAACUCAAUAUUAUCGCCAAAAAGUUGACAUUUCUUUAAACCCUUCAACUUUGAAUGCUGGUGGAUUUGAAAUUGCCAGAGAUUCUACAAACUCUAAAGAUGAAUUUUUCAGUUUUGAAGCUCCAACUACUGCUGCUAAUACAAUGCGUGUUGUUAGAGCCAUGCAAGUUAAAAAACCAAUCCUUUUGGAAGGUAGUCCAGGUGUUGGUAAAACUAGUUUGGUUUCAGCAUUGGCCAAGGCUACUGGCAAUCAAUUGACACGUAUCAAUUUGUCAGAACAAACUGAUUUAGUUGAUUUAUUUGGUUCUGAUGCACCAGCAGAAGGUGGUAAAACUGGUGAAUUUGUUUGGCGUGAUGCUCCUUUCUUAAGAGCAAUGCAAAGAGGUGAAUGGGUCUUGUUAGAUGAAAUGAAUCUUGCUUCACAAUCUGUUUUAGAAGGUCUUAAUGCUUGUUUAGAUCAUCGUGGUGAAGCUUAUAUCCCUGAACUUGAUCGUUCAUUCUCACGUCAUCCAAACUUUGUUGUAUUUGCUGCUCAAAAUCCCCAAUACCAAGGUGGUGGAAGAAAAGGUUUACCAAAAUCAUUUGUCAAUCGUUUCACUGUUGUUUAUGUUGAUACCUUGACUUCAGAAGAUUUGGUAUUGAUUGCACACCAUUUAUACCCAAAUAUCAAUGCUGAUACUUGCUCAAAGAUGAUUGGAUUAAUGUCUAGACUUGAUCAUGAAGUUUGUGUUACAAAAUCCUGGGGUGCUAGUGGAAGUCCAUGGGAGUUCAAUUUACGUGAUACUCUUAGAUGGCUUGAGCUAUAUAACGCUGAAUACCUUUCAAGUGGUCUUUCUCCAAUUGAUUUCUUGAACAUUAUUGUCACACAAAGAUUCCGUACAGUUUCUGACAGGGAAAAGGCAUCUAAACUCGUUCAUGAGACAUUUGAAGAAGAACCAUGUACUGAUAAUUAUUUCACAAUAACUGAAAGCUACUUUCAAGCUGGUAAGGCAUUGAUGUCAAGAGGUUCAUCAGUUCAAGAAACUUCUCACACAAGACUAAAUCAUUUACAAUCAAAUACUGAAUUUGUUGAAUCUUCAUUAUUAGCAAUCCAAAACAACUGGCCAUUGAUCUUUGUUGGAUCUUCUUCAUCAGGUAAAACUGAGUUGGUUAGAUAUUUGGCCACCAUCUCGAGUGCUAAGGUUGUUGAAUUUUCAAUGAAUAGUGAUAUUGAUAGUAUGGAUAUCCUUGGUGGUUAUGAACAAGUUGAUCUUACCAAAAGAGUUACAGCUAUUGUUGAAAAAUUUUUAAGAAUAUUAAAUGUUGGUAUUGCCGACCAGCUCAAAAACUCUUCAGAAUUAUUGAACACUACAAUUGCAUCUUUAGAAUUCGUUAAAUUUUUGAAGACUGUUCAUAUCACCAUUGAAAACUUUUCACUCUUGGUUGAACACUUUGGUAGAUUUACAGAGUUAGUCAGAGAUAAUGAUCAAAUUAACGAAGUUGAGAAAGAGUUAAUCAACUUGAAAGAACUUUUAAAACAAAGUUCAAGCGUUAAAUUUGAAUGGUUUGAUGGGCUUUUGGUAAAAGCUGUUGAAAGGGGUGAUUGGUUGAUUUUAGACAAUGCUAAUUUAUGUAGCCCUUCAGUGUUAGAUCGUUUGAAUUCGCUUUUGGAAAUCAAUGGUUCUUUAAUAAUGAAUGAGUGCAGUAUGGCAGAUGGUCAAGCCAGAGUGUUGAAACCACAUCCAAAUUUCAGGUUAUUCCUAACUGUGGAUCCAAAGUUUGGUGAAUUGUCAAGAGCUAUGAGAAAUAGAGGUGUUGAAAUUUAUCUUGAUAAGUUAGAUCAUAGGGCAACUACAUUCGAUAGAAAUGUUUUAGGAUUCAAGGCCAAGAAAUCAAAGAAAGAAGAGCUUGAUUUAAAUGAAUUAUCUCUUAAUGAAAAUGAACCUAUUGCUCCAAUUCAAAAAUUCAUCGAAUCCACUGAUUCAUUUUCAAGAUCUUUAUCCUUGGUCAUUGAUGCCAUUAUGACAUCAGGCAAAGAAUUUAUGCUCAAUCAUUUAGCAGGUAUUUUACCAUUCUUGAAUCAGUUGAGUAUUGAAAGAUUCACGAACACAAUUUAUUCUUCUACCGAGGUCACUAAGGAAGUUAUUGAUGCUUUAUCUGAAAUAUCUUCAUUUGUUGAUUAUGUUACACAAUUAGGCCUAACUAAAUCCAUCAUUGGAAAGUUUGAAGAUUGUGAAAAUGUUGUUGACUCUUUGUUGGGUCAAAAAUCAAACUUCUCCAUUAAUCAGUCAUUGAAUCCUGGUUGGAAUUAUUAUGCCAUCAAAAGAAUUCAGUCCAACUCAUUGAUCCCCCUAAAUGAAGCUAUAUCUUUAAUUCAAGUUGCUUCUGAUUUGUCACAAAUUGAAAAAGCUUUACAAUCUGCCGAGGUUAGAGGUGCAAAUGGUAAACUUAAUGAGCUUUCAUUCUUAGAGCAAGGUGCAGCAUUGUCAAGUGGUAGAAACAUGAAAAAUCCACCAAAAGUCAAUGUUUUCAAUUUCUUGAAGGAAAUUUAUGAAUUUAUCUUGGGUAGUUUCAAAAACAAAGAUACACUUUCAUUACUAAGCCAAUCGUCAUGCUUUGAAGCACUUUUAGAUCUUACAAGAAUUUGGAAAUCAGUUUGGGAUAUCUCUGAUGUUAAGAAUGAAGCUAAACUUAGAGUUUAUCAAAAAAUCAUUAAUGAAUGGAUUGAAGGUGCUACAGAAUUUGAGGGUAUUGAUAUAUUAAAAAAUAUCAUGAAAGUAUAUGGAAAUGCUUUGAAAUCAGACAAAGGUGAAUACAUGUCUGCAAUCUGGGAAAGCUUCAGAGGUGUAUACCCACAAUCUGAACAAGCAUGGGCAGAUAAUGAUGUUCUCUCAAGUCUUGCAGAGAAGUUUGAUGCUGUUUCUCAUGAACAAUUCUCAGAGUCAGAUAAUCAUAUAUUAACGUUGAAGUCUGCUAUUUUGAACAUCAAAAAUGUGAUUUUGGCUAACGAUGGCUCUGAUAUUUCUAAUGCUUUUACAUUAUUGGAAAAUGGUAUCAGAGAUCUACAUGAAGUUUCUAGCAAGUUUUUGGUGAAGAGAGCUCAUAAUUUUGAAGAAAGUUUCUACUUAUUGUUCAAUAUGGUUCUAUCAAGUGGGUCAGUUAAGAAUGAAGAUAUCAUCGCGAUUGCUCAUCAAGCAAACAUUUCAACUACUUGCUUGUUAAAAAAUACCAAUACUGACUCUUAUCCACCUGUUUUCAAUACGCUAUGGGCUAAAACCAACAACGGUUAUGUGUCAUUUGUCUCACACUUAUUUACCAAUAAGUUUUUGCAUCAUAUUUUCAUCAAUUCUCAAAGUUAUUUAACAUUCUCUGGUAAUCAAGUUAACCAAACAGUGAAUGAUUCUGUCAACUUCACGAAAUAUUUGAUCAAAUACUCCGAUGAAGUUUCAAGAGACACACACAAGGAGCAAGUUGCUAUUAUCUUGAAUUGGUAUCAAAAGAUUGUUAGAAUUGUGUCAUCAGAUGACAGCUUAUCAGUAUGGGAUGGUAAUUCUUUCGAUAAAAAUGAUCUGCCACAACUAUCAGAAAAGGUUGCUGGAAUUUCUGCAAAUGGCUUCACCGCCAUUAAUAAAAAUUUCUUCCAACCUGCUCUUGAACUAAUUACAGGCUCAGUGAACAUAGAAAAGCUAGGUAAAGCUUGGGUGUUAUUCUCAAUUGGGUUAAUUCAGUUGUAUGUUCCAGAUAAUGCCAAUGAUCCUGCAAUAGAAGAUCACAUUUUGUACGAAAACUAUGAGAAGAAGAAGUCUCUGUUUACACAAUUGUCAAAUAGUGUUAAAAAUAUUAGAUCCGUUUACUUCGGUGAUGAUGAAAUUGUGAUAGAGCACCAUUUACCAACAGUUGAUGAAGAAAGUAAACCUUCAAAACCAAGAGUUUACCGUUCUAAAGUCCCUAUUGAUAAUUUAUUUGAAGAGUGGAAGAUUUUUAUGAGCUCCACCCUUGACAAUAACUCAUUAGUCAAAUUUUUGGCUACUGUGGAAGAGACAGAAUUGGAGACUUUAUCUGGUGAGCUAAAUAUGUUCCAACAAAAUUCUUCCAAUUUCAUUGAAAGACUUGAAAAUCAAUUUUCCCAUUUCUCAGAUGUUAAUGACAUUUUCAAAGGAUAUAUCUAUGGUAUCAAAUUAGGGUUUGACUUAAUUCUAGAGGCUAAAAAGAAAACUAAAGUCACUUAUAACAUGGAUCCUUUGUGGUUUAUCAGCUUCCAAAACAUCACAAAUGAUAAAGAAAUUGAAAAAGGUCUUGCUACUGUCAGAAACUUCUGCAAGAACAUGGAUGUUGACAACACAUUAGCUGAACAAGUCAUGCACAUUACUUUGAAGCUUGCUUCUUCAAGUGAACAAGGUAUUAAUCAUCAAAUCCUGGAACAAGUUUUUCAAACUAUUUAUUAUAGAUGGUCAUUAAGAAGAACUCGUCAAGAGAAAAAAGAUGCCAUUGAAGGUAGUGUUUUCAGAUAUAGAGGUGAAGAAGACGAAGAUGAAGAUUUCAAAAAGAUUUUCCCUGACUAUGAUGAAUACGUUGAGCUAGACACAGAUAGCAAAUCUCGCUCUGAUAGUUCUCGUUUAGAUGAAGAAUAUGCUAACAUCUGUAAGACUUAUAUUGAUGUGUUUACAAAAGAUAAAGCAUAUGCUUUGAAAGACUUGAUUGUCAAUGGUGGUGAUAUAGCUAAGAAAUUAAUUUCGCUUUCAGAUGAAUUUGAAACCGGUGUUAUUGAUCCAACAUCUCUUGGUUCAGUCAUUAGUGAUUUGUUUAGAUCUAUUGAUUCUGCAACAAUUGAGAAAGCCGGUAAAGACAUAGAUUUCUACUUCGGUUACAGUCCACCAGAACUUAGAAGAUCCAUUAAAGUCGUUGAAAAACUUCAAUAUUCAGUCCAUGGUUUGUUACAACAGUGGCCAGAACAUGCUACUUUGCAAACAUUAUUCAGAAUUUCUCAAGAGUAUUUGGCCUUCCCUGUGAAAACACCAAUCGCAAGAUUGAUUCAAAAAAUUGAACAGAUUUAUACAUUCAUCAUCGAAUGGGAAAAAUAUGCAUCUGUUAAAGUUUCACUUUCUGCACAUCAAGAUGACUUCACAUCACUCAUCGUUUCAUGGAGACGUAUGGAAUUGUCAAGUUGGAAAUCUUUGUUCAAGAAUGAAGAGAUCUCAAAUCAAAGAUCUAUUGGUGGUUUCUGGUUCAAUUUAUAUGAAAACUUGAUUUUACCUUCAUACAGUGGUGUUCAAAUUGAUAUUGGACAGUUGGUUUUGAUUUUGAACUCAUUCAUUAGUAAGAGUUCCUAUGGUCAAUAUGAACUACGUUUGAAUUUAUUGAAAGCCAUUAAAACUCAUUUGUCUUCAAUCUCCUCUGAUAAACUGUUAUUGAAUAUGCUCAAGAAUUUGAUCAAAUACUAUGAACAAUUUUCCCCAAUCAUCCACGAAAAUAUCAAUAGGGUCAAAAAGACACUAGAAAAAGAUGUUGAAGAAGUUAUAUUACUUGCCAGUUGGAAAGAUGUCAACAUUGAUGCGUUGAAGCAAAGUGCUCGUCGUUCUCACCAAAGUCUUUACAAGGUGGUUCGUAAGUACCGUACACUUUUAGCAACAGAAGUCACACCGCUCAUUGAACAAGGUCUUCCAGAUAGUCAAAAAGUUUCAGUGAACAAGGAUUCAGUAUUGGUCUCCAAACUUGAGUUGAAUGCUGAUAUUGGAGAUGAUCAUAAAACAAUCGAUGGUUGGGAUACAAGAUCACAAAAUUUGAAGCAAACUGAAACUGUUCAAAAGAAUAUGAACACUUAUGUCUCUCGUGUUAAAAAUACUGAAUUCCCAGAGUUAUAUGAAUUUGCUUCAGACAUUGUCAAAGAAUCAGAUAGAUUACGUGAUGAUACUCCAAAAACUUACUCUGAAGAAAACAAGAAGGAAGUUGCUGCUCUUAAAACUCAAAAAAUGAAAUUAUUGAGUGAUUCUAUCAAAGAGUUAAGAAGAAUUGGGUUGAAAUCGCGUAUUAGAGAGGAUAUUCAUAAACUUCAAGUCACUGCAAACCAAGUUCUUUCAGGAGCGGAAGCUUUUGAUAAUACUCAAUUGGAAGGAAGUGAUGCGUACUUUUUCAGAAUUGUUGAUAUUCUUCCACGUUUGAGAGCAUCUGUUAGCUCUGUGGCUGAAGAUGUCCCAGCUGCUGCUGCUGAAAAUGGUUUAGCUAUAAUCGAAAACCUUGUCUAUGCUGUCAUCAAUGACAAAAAAUUACUUGCUAAAGUUGCUCAUAAAUUGAAUGAUUUUGAAUCAGAUAAAUCUGAAUUCCAGAAAUUGAUUGAUUCUGAAAACCUUUAUGUGGGUAAAUCAACUUCAGCUCUAGGUUUGGUUAAAUUCAAUAAGAUUUGCAGAUGGUUACCAGAAAUUUUAAGUUUAUCUAUGAAUCUUGCUGCUACUUCAUCCAAGAUGCUUCAAUUAUCAGUUGACUUAUCAAUUUUUGAUAGUUUUGUUAAGAAAGUUUCUGAAUUUAAAGAGAAAAUCAUUUCUCAAUUGAAAUACUCAAGUAUCGUUGAUUCACAAUUGGCUGAAUUCGAUAAUAUCUUGAAAUCUUUUGUUUCAGAUUUAGAAUCUUGGAAGUCUUCAAAUAAGAGCAUUGGAUUUGUUUCUGAUUCCGUCAUAAAUUGGUUGAAUAGCUUGAAUGAUGUCGAAAUUGAAGAUUCUGAAAACCAGGAUACCACAGUCGCUGAAAUUGAAAAAACUUUAAGAUCUUUCUCAAACAAAGUUCUUGUUGUUUUCCAAAAAGUUAUUCAAAGUUUAUCAUCAGAAGAACUCACUUUUGAUACUGAUAAAUGGUUUAUUCAAUCAGAAGCUCAAUUACAUACUUUGUUGAAAUCUUUACAUCAUGAAAGUGUCCAUUCAUCUUUACAUAAAGCUCUUGAGCUUGUUUCAUCAGCAAAAUUUGAUCAAGCUCAAUCAUCUCAAAUUAGAUCAUUAUUCUCUUUCACAGCUCCAUUCUUGAAAUUUUACUUGGAACUUGUUGUUGCUGUUUUGAAUAAAGCCAAAGAUAGUUAUAUUGAUAUCAGUCGUUCCACUUAUGUUUUCAGUAACUUGUUACAUAAUUUGACUAAAAAUGGGUUCUGUUCUCCAGAACCACCAUCAGAAACAAAACAAGAUGAAAAUUUACAUGAUGGUACUGGUCUUGGUGAUGGUGAAGGUGCACAAAAUAAUUCAAAUGACGUUGAAGACGAUGAAGAUUUGAGUGAACAAGCACAAGAACCAAAUAAAGAUGAAAAAGAUGAUAAGGAUGAUGAAGAUGACAACCAAGAUGCUGUUGAUAUUGAAGGUGAUAUGGCUGGUGAUCUAGAAAAUGCAUCUGAUCAAGAUCAAGAUGAUGAUGAAGAACAAGACAAAGAUGAAGAACAAGAUGAAUUAGAUGAAGAAGUUGAUGAUUUAGAUGAUCUUGAUCCUAAUGCAGUUGAUGAUAAAAUGUGGGAUGAAGAGGUUCAAGAAGAUAAAAAAGAAAAAGAAUCUGAAAAUAUGCCUGAAAAUUCAACUGCUGAUGAUAUGAAGGCUCAAGAAGAUGAACCUGAAGAGAAACCUGAAGAUAAAGAAUCUAAAGAAGAUGAUAAAUCAUCUAAAGAUCAAGAAAAUGAUGAUGAUAAGAAGGAAGAUGAUCAAGAUGCUGAAGAUGAAGAAGAUGUUGGUGAACAAGAAGAUGACGUUAAGAAUGAAGAAAAAGAAGAUUUAGAACAAAACGUUCCAGAAGGUGAAGCAUUAGAUCUUCCAGAUGACAUCAAUCUUGAUUCUGGUGAAGAAGAUGAAGAAGAUGAUAAACAAGAUGAUGGUGAUGAAGGUAUGGAUGAUGGUUUAGAUGAUAAAAUGGACUUGGAUGAAGAUGAAGCUGAAAAUGGCGAAGAAGAAAACGUCAAUGAUGCUGAAGAAAAUCAAGAAGAACAAGAAGGUGAAGAAGGUGAAGAACAAGAAUCUGAAGAAGCUAACCAAGCAGGUGAUGAAAAUGAUCAAGAAGAAGAAAAUCAAGAUCAAAAUGAUGAAGAACAAGAUGCUAUUGAAGCUGGUGAAAAAUCUGAAGAUGAAGAAGAAUUGAAAGAUGCUAAGAAUGAAGAAGAUCAACAAGAUGAAGCAGCUGAAGGAGAAGAAAACGGUGAUCGUAUGGAAGGUAUUGAUAGUGGAGAAACUGGUGAUAACAACAAUGAAGAUAUUGAUAAAGAAACUGCAACUGAAGAAAAAUCAGGUGAUCAAGGUGAUGGUGCACAAGCACAAGCUGAAGAUGAAAAAGAAGAUGUUGGUGCAUCAGGAUCAGCUAUGAAUCAACAACAAGAAGAUAAUGAUAAUGAUGGUAAUAAUGAUGAAGCACGUGAUAAUGCUCAAGAAUCAUUAAAACAAUUGGGUGAUUCAUUAAAAGAAUUCCAUCGUCGUCAUCAAGAUAUUAGAGAAGUUUCUGAAAAAGAUGAAACUGCUGAACAAGCUGCAAAUGAACGUCCUGAUGAAUUUGAACAUGUUGAUGGUGAAAACACUGAAGAAACUACACAAGCUUUAGGAGCUGCCAAUAAAGAUCAAAUUUCUUCAAUUGAUGAAGAUAAAGCCAUUGAUGAUGAUGAAGAUGAUCAAGAUGAAGAAAUUAAAAAUGAAGAUCAAGAUGAAAAUAUGGUUGAAGGUGAAGAAGCUAAUGAAGAUGCCGAGGAAAUUGAAAAUCAAGAUGAUGAAAAACCAGAUGAAUUUAAUGGUAAAACUAAAGGUGGAUUUGUUGGUGAAAGAAAAACUGAAAAUUUGGAUGAUAUGGAUGAUAUGGAUGAUAUUAAUAUGGAUCAAAAUUUGGAUGAAUUAGAUUCUGAUUCAGAUGAAGAUUUUUCAUUAUUAAAACCAGAAGUUAUUGAUGAUGAUGAAGAUCAUAGAGAUAUUGAAGAAGCUCGUGAAUUAUGGAGAAAGAGUGAUUUAGAAACACAAGAAUUAUCAGCUAAUUUAUGUGAACAAUUACGUUUAAUCUUGGAACCAACAUUAAGUACUAAAUUGAAAGGUGAUUACAAGACAGGUAAGAGAUUAAAUAUGAAGAGAAUCAUUCCAUAUAUUGCGAGUGAAUUCCGUAAAGAUAAGAUUUGGUUAAGACGUACAAAACCAAGUAAACGUCAAUAUCAAAUUAUGAUUGCAGUUGAUGAUUCAAAAUCCAUGUCAGAAAGUAAAUCUGUUGAUUUAGCAUUCCAAAGUAUUGCAUUAGUUUCCAAAGCAUUAACACAAUUAGAAUCUGGUGGAUUAUCAAUUGUUAAAUUUGGUGAAAAUACAAAAGUUGUUCAUCCAUUUGAAAAACAAUUUAGUCCAGAUACUGGAGCAAAAAUUUUCCAAAAAUUUGAUUUCCAACAAACAAGAACUGAUAUUAAAAAAUUAGUUGGUGAAUCAAUUGAAAUUUUUAAUAAUGCUAAAUCAUUAGGUAAUAGUGAUUUAUGGCAAUUACAAAUUAUUAUAUCAGAUGGUGUUUGUGAAGAUCAUGAUACUGUUCAAAGAUUAGUUCGUCGUGCCAGGGAGGAAAGAAUUAUGUUAGUUUUCGUUAUUAUUGAUGGUAUUAAUUCAAAUGAAUCAAUUAUGGAUAUGAGUCAAGUAUCAUAUGUACCAGAUGCUAAUGGUAAUAUGGUUUUAAAAGUUGAUAAAUAUUUGGAUUCAUUCCCAUUUGAAUUUUAUGUUGUUGUUCAUGAUAUUACAGAUUUACCAAAGAUGUUAUCAUUAAUUUUACGUCAAUAUUUUUCAGAAUUAGCUUCAAAUUGA